AUGGCUCUAUUCAUGGACGCAGACUUGUCUUUACUCAAGCAGAGCCAGCAGAAAGACAUGGUGGAUUUUAAAGCGUUAUUUGGAGAACAGGAUCCCUGCAAAGUGUCCUCCCCGGAACCGGACCGGGCCACGGGUUUGAUGGAAGGUCAACGGAAGAGGAAGAGGACCAUCUUCAGCCGAGCCCAGCUGUCUGAGCUGGAGCAGGCCUUUGCUGUGACUCCCUACCCGGACAUCACCCUUAGGGAGAGGCUGGCCGCGCACACACACCUGCCCGAGAGCAAGAUACAGGUGUGGUUCCAAAACCGAAGAGCCAGAAGUAUUAAGACGGGGAGACUCCCCAAGUCCACCAAGCAUGUCCUAGGAGGCAGGGUGCUUGCGGAGCCCUCCCCAGGGCCUGUAACCUCAGCUUUCCCCGCCCCAACCACCCUGGCAGACAUAUUCAGGCCGGAGCACAACCACCCCUGUGAGGAUGUUCCUCAAAUCUACUCCGAUUGGAUCCAAAUCUACAGCAACCAACCUCCAUCUUCCUCAUCUCUCCACCAGCAGACCACAGUCAGCUCCCCAAAACUCCCAGAGUCUCGUCUCUGGGAGGAGGAGCACCACCAACGGCAGCACCUGGGAUCAACUCUUCCUGGUUUGUUUGCUCAGCCUCUGACCAGGCAGCCUCACCACUCAGCCUCCACCCGCUCCUACCAGGCCUUCAGGAACUUCAAGCCCCAGAGCCUGGCUCCGUCUGGGGCUCAUCAGGGCGUGUACAGCGGGAGUGCUGGAGGUGGAGGUCAAUCCUCUGUAGACCAGGUGGUCCCUUCCCACCCUCAGCCAAUGUACUGGGAGGUAGCUCAGGGCCAGGGACACCACCACCACCACCAUCAUCAUCACCCACAAAUGGGACCACAGACUUCCAUGGGUUACAUCUCUGACCUGAUCUACAACGCUGCUAUUGUCACCAACUUUCUGGAAUUCUGA